CCAGAACAAGAAGAAGAAGUAAUCAGCUGUAGAACUGUCAAAAGCGGUAUUAUAUAUUGUGUAAAGAUUUUUCAUUUUUUCAAGCAGCACGCAAGUUUUUCGUAAAGUGUGAUUAAAAUUACAAUAAAAAUAAACAAUACACAAAUUAAUGGAAAGUUCUAAUACUCUAUAUUCGUGUUCCUCUAACAGUAUUUAUCUAAAGACGGUGUGAAAGUCGGUGUUCCGAGAGCUUUAUGUUUAUUUUCAUUACCACCAAGCAAUCAAUUUAAAUUUAGGCAUUUCAAAAGAAAGCCAAAUACGAGGUUCUUUUAUUAUUUCCUUAUUUCACAUUAGCUCCAGAGGAACAUAUUUCUAUAAAUAUCCUUUAAGAAAGUAUAUUAAUACAGCUCUAUAAGAAAUCAAAUCAAAUUAUAAAACCACCCCCAGCAUUGUUUAAUUGCGUACACCCUUCAUUUAUUUGAAUGGAUGAACAUUCCUAACAUGCACGCUGCUUUACUUCUACCUCAAAACUUGAAAAGGGAAUGGAGUUUUAUUCAAGGCUUCAAGAACGUUACAACUAUUGGAUUGGAAUAAAACCAAAUGUUAACGAAUGUAGCCGGAACAUUCAUAAUAAAGUUUUGAUACGUUAAGUACUAAACAAAAAAGAGUUUCUAAAAGUCUUUUACCUUUAAAACCUUUUGUUAACAACCCAAAAACACAUCCGAAAUGAACUCUGCAGAUGAAAUUGAAGUUCCAAGCGGCAGCGACUCUAAUCACAAAGAAGACAGCCAAAAGACUGCAAACAAAGGCUCUUCUAACAUUGUGGAGUACUCGGAUGUAAGUUCAUCAGAAUAUUCUGAUCCAGAAAUUGAGAGCUGUACAAAACCGAACGAGGUGCCUUCCCAAAAACGGGAUACACAAAUGGAUGUUUACAUUAGCAGCGAUGAAGAAACCUUUAGAAACAAUCGAAAAGAGAGUUUUGAAAACUCAACAAAGCUUUCGCCCAAUCAUGUGCGACGAAUUAUUCUUGGAUCUCCUGUAAGGACAACUACCAAAGCCAACACAGUCGACAAACACAAAAUAGGCAAAGAAUUGGAAAAGACCGUUGAAGAGCACAUCGAUCUUUGUGAAAUAAGUCGUAGGAGCUCAUCGGUUCUGUCCAGCCCAUCAGUGGUGCAUAUACCCGAGAAGAAUCCAGCCGAGGAAUCUGAUUGGGAUGUCGGCUUGGAACAAUAUUUGUCAAGUGGCACCAUUGAUACUGACGAGUUGGAAGCUGAAAUGAAACGACAGAAAAGAAAAAAAUUGAAAAAGGACAAAAAACACAAGAGAAGUCGCAAAACAAAGAAACGAAAAAAGAAGAGAGCCAAGUCAUUCUCAAGUAUUGAAUCAAUAUCUGAUAAUGAUCUUGAUGAGGUUUUGGAAUCCUCAGUAUCUCUGAGACACUACACGCCACCACCGGUAAGCGCUGCAUCCAUAAAGAGUCCCACAUAUACACCAGAAAAACAGCGUAGUCCUCGUUCCACGGACACACCUCCCCCAAUACGUUCGGAAGGCACUCAUAACUAUUAUUCAAAAUCUGUUAAUCUGGCUGCAACGGGAGUAAGCGGUGCGGGAACGUCCGCAUCGAGCAGUGCAAAUAACGUUGUGGGCUUACAAGUAACAGUUACUAAUCGCAUCUCGAGUUCACGCCAUCGCACACCGACACGUUCCUCAGGAACCAAAAGUCGCUUUCCAAGUGCCCAUUCUCCCCAUACCCCACCUCUAUAUUCAGGCGCUAACUCUAUGGCCAGUCGAGAUUCUCGAAGUGCUCGUUAUGUUUUGAGCCCGGGCAAAGACGACCAUCGACAUCAUCAUCACCAUCAUGAGCAUGAUGCCUCCAUUAGCUCGGGAAGUUCGCACUAUCAUCAGCGACAGCCCUCCGGUUCUGGUGUUUCUGAGAGCCAUAAAUAUAAAGACACAGAUAGUUACUAUCACCACCAACCCUCUACACCGCCUCAUAAGAAACGAAAAAUGCACGACAGCCGGACAUCUUCGUCGUCUUAUUACGAUAGAACGAGUCAUCACAAAUCAAGUAGUUCGCGAAGUAGGCGAACAAUGGAAUACGAACGUUACGGAGGAAGGCGUUUCACAAGAAGUCCCAGUUUUCCGGGAGCAAAGGGCAGACAGUCAUCGCCCGUUCCAUCAACGACAUAUCGAGAGAGUACUUAUAAAUACAAGUAUCCAGCAUCACCAUCGCCUGGACGUUCCAAAUCAUCGAAACGAGGCGGCGAUCGUUAUGCCUCGCGUUCACGGUCUCCAAGGCCUUCAAGAUAUGCCAAAUCUCCCUCAAACUCUCCCACAAGCGCUUCACAUCAUUAUCAUCGUUCCCGCCGUUCAACGUCACGUCCAUAUCGGCGAUCUCGUUCCAGUCAUUCUGGAGGUAGCAUAUCACGAAGCCGAUCAAGGUCACCGCGCGAUUUGAAGCAGAAACGCAUUGACUACAGCAAGAAGAUAAGUGAAACAAGUUUGUUUGCCGAACUGGUCAAGGACAAACACAAGCGCCAAAAGGCGCUACAAGAAAUCAUCGAAAAGCAAGAAGAGAAUAGCAACAGCAACGGGGCAAUGAUAGUAAACGACAAUAGUUCAUCCAUGGACAGUAAUCUAACAAAGUCAGCAGCCAAUGAAAAUACCGUUGGUGACGAAAGUUCUUCCAAACCGGCCCAACAACCCAUAAUCUCAUCUUCAAAUGCACCAGCCAGUGCAGCAGCGGUACCUAAUGAUGGUGUUAAAAAGACUGCAGUGGACAUAAAGAACAUUCCAAUGCCACAACUAUUCAGUCCGAAUGGUACUGAUGAAACCGAUCGCGCCAAAAGCCAAACGAAACAAGAACAAGGCCUUGCCAUUAAACCAAGCAAACCCAAGAGUCUGACUGCGCUGCCAAUGCCACCGGGAACAACGGCGGCGGAUUUGGCAGUUCCCAAAACCCCCUCACCGCCAAGUCGCCAGUUGCAAAAUGCUAAGCAUGCAUCAGCAGCCAAUGCAAAUAAGAAAUCGGCCGCGACUCCGGCGUCUGCAACGCCAGCCAACAAGAGCUUACUCAAUUUACCAAUGCCUCCCAUGGUUCCCGGUGGCGAGGAUCUCAGUGGUGACGAUGAGAUAAACAGUCCCGAAGAUUUCGAUAAUUUAGGAAACAACAACAGCACCACCACCAACACUUCCUCCUCCGAACAACAGUCAGGUCGAAAUGAUAAAUCCGCAAAGGUUGAAAACAAUAACAAACGUAAGCGACCGGUUAUACUCAACCGGCGCGACUCGCGCAACAAUGUGCGGGAUUGGGGUGAACGUUGCGUUGACGUUUUUGAAAUGAUUGCACAAAUCGGAGAGGGCACCUACGGUCAGGUGUAUAAGGCCCGAGAUAAUAUCACAAAGGAGAUGGUUGCACUGAAAAAAGUACGCAUGGACCAUGAAAAAGAAGGCUUCCCCAUUACGGCGGUGCGAGAAAUAAAAAUUCUACGACAGCUUAAUCAUCCGAAAAUAGUCAAUUUACAUGAGGUUGUAACCGAUAAACAAGAUGCCCUCGAAUUUCGCAAAGACAAGGGAUCGUUUUAUUUGGUCUUUGAGUAUAUGGACCAUGACCUAAUGGGUCUCUUGGCAUCGGGAAUGGUCGACUUUAAUGAUGAGAAUAAUGCAAGCAUAAUGAAACAGCUGCUCGACGGUCUGAACUACUGUCACAAGAAGAAUUUCCUACACCGGGACAUUAAAUGUUCCAAUAUUUUGAUGAACAAUAAAGGUCAAGUGAAACUUGCCGAUUUUGGUCUUGCUCGUUUGUACAAUGCCGACGAUCGUGAUCGGCCCUAUACGAAUAGGGUAAUAACACUGUGGUAUAGACCACCGGAACUGCUACUUGGCGAGGAACGUUAUGGGCCGGCAAUUGAUGUGUGGUCUUGUGGUUGUAUAUUGGGAGAACUGUUCCUAAAGCGGCCACUGUUCCAGGGCAACUAUGAAAUGGUGCUGUUGGAGAAUAUCUCCAAGGUUUGUGGCUCUCCUGUUCCGGCUGUAUGGCCAAAUGUUAUAAAAUUACCACUGUUCAAUACACUGAGACAAAAGAGAAUCUAUCGAAGACGUUUGCGGGAGGAUUUCGAAUUUAUGCCCACACCAGCCCUAGAUUUGUUGGAUAGAAUGUUGGAGCUUGAUCCUGACAAGCGUAUAACGGCAGAAGAUGCCCUCAAAUCGGAGUGGUUGAAAAAUGUCAAACCUGAAGAAAUGUCUGCUCCAAUUUUGCCCACAUGGCAGGACUGUCACGAAAUGUGGAGCAAGAAACGAAGAAAACAAGAACAGCAACAACAGCUGCAGCAACAGCAACAAAGUGCUGGUGGUAAACAUGUAGCUGCCUUAGCAGAUGUCUGAAUAGAAACAUUCUUGUCAUCAUAACCAUUUAGCUUAAUGGAAGUAGAAGAAGAACCACAUAUAAUCAAAUUGAUUGAUUGAUUCACAAUCAAAUUGUAAGGAUAUCAAAGUCGUUUUUCCCUCUAAAAAAUCUUACACUCCAUAACUAUCGAGUAUCAUUGGCCUCGAUUUGUUCUAUUAAAGUUUUCGCUGGGAACGGUUUCUUUGUUUCAAUCUAAAACUCCUGUCAUUUUCGCUUUAAGUUACAAAAGACUUGCUCAACUAUCGUUACCGGUUGGUUGGUCGGUUGGUUUGGAAAACAAACGUGCUGCAGAACUUUGCUGCCUCUCCCCCCAAAAUAGAAACCAACCAAUGACUUAGCCCCUAACCCUUGUUUCUCUUAGAUAAAAAUGGGCUUUUUUAUGAUACGUUAAGUUUGAUUUACUUUAUCUUAAGAUAAUGAACAUUAUCAACAAUAUCAAAUGUCCAAAUUUUUUUUAUUAAUAAUAAUAGCCUUAAUCACAUGUAAACCCAUUAAAUAUCCUCCCAAAAAAACAAAAGCAAAAAAAAAAACAACUAUACAUAUAUAAUAACAUUAGAUUAGUUUCUAUUGGAAAUAUAAACAUAAUUCUUACAAUGAAUUGUCACCUUUAAACAAAACAAAAUAAUAGAAUACUUUAUGUAUGAACGUUUUAUUAUAUUAUUAUUAUUAUUAUUAUUAUUAUUUUAAUUAUCCAUUAAUUCAUUUAGUCUUUUUGGAGAAGAUUUUGUUUAUUUAAAAGAAGAAAAAGAAAAAAAAACAUGUUUAAUAUGCCUAUUGUAAUCGCUAUUAUAAUUUGCCAGAGGGCUUUGAAUUACAAAAAUUGUAAGAAUAAAUAUGAAAACAAAAUACAAA